UUGGCCGUCGCACGCUCACUCUUUCCGUAGCUAGUCUCGGCCCCUCUCAAUAGGCGGAGCAGUCGCUCAUACCUCUGAUGUGCCUUUCUGCCACAACCUCGAUUCCUUGCUUCAUGUUUUGCUGCCUAGGUGGGCUCUAGCUCUAUCACGAUCUCCCAAAGAUUUUCUGCUUCUGAACGAUUCCUCGUAAUUGUUUAAUCCAUCUGCAUCUGUCGCUCUCUUGGGGCCUUUUUCCUCCGUUGUGACACUGGCUCGAUUCGACAGUCCUGAGUGAAUUUAUCGGCAACUGAAGCCAUGGCGGAAUUGGAAUGCCUGAACAACUGCACGGACUCUGACCAGCCUCAGCAGAGUGCGUCGGCCGUGCUGUUCCCCAUCGUCAUGAUCCUGAUCGCCGCUGUCGGGAUAACUGGUAACUCCCUGGUGCUUCACAUCAUCUUCCGCCACCGCGACAUGCGGACUGUCACCAACAGUUUUGUGGCCAGCUUGGCGCUGACGGACAUCGCCAUACUUGUCAUCUGUGUCAUCCCGACAGCCACGCUCCACGUGACCAACACUUGGGAGCUUGGCGAUUUCUUGUGUCGGGCUGCCAGCUACACGCAGGCGACACAGCAAGAUAUUGGGCACAUCAGUUAG